CCGGGUAUCAAAACAGUCGAAGCAAAGCAAAUCCCUCUCCACUUGUUCUUCCUCCCCAAAUCCAAUCGAGCGAUUUUCCUCUGCUGUAUUUCCGUUCGGAAAUCCGGUCGGAAUCCGUCGAGCUCUCCGUCGCUCCGGCGAUCAAUCGCUCUAAUCCGCCGCCGCCAUUUCCGCGCUCCUCCGCUGCCCUGAAAUCCCCACUUUCUCCCGAUUCUAGGGUUACCGUUGGGUUUUUUCUCGAGGUUUCUUCUUUGCCCUAGAGAGGGAGGGAGGGGUGGAAAAGUGGGGGGAGAGAGAGAGGGAGAGAGAUAGACAGAGAGAGAGAGAGAGAUAGAGAGAGAUAGAGGAUGCGGCGGUUCCGAUGAAGCGCGGCCACGACGACCUCCACCGCCAGCAGCAGCAGUGCCGCCAGUGCGGCGCCGGCGCGGGGGAGCGGUGGCUCCUCCACAACGUCCACCACGAGGCGGGGUACCGCCUGCUGUGCACCCACUGCGUCCUCAGCUGCUUCCGCGGCAACUUCUGCCCGAUUUGCCUCCAGGUCUUCGACUCCCCGCCGCACCCCAACCAGUGCGUCAAGUGCCUCAACUGCCGUUCCCUCUCCCACGUCUCCUGCGUCACCUCCAGCUCCAACACCAACCACCACUUCCAUUGCCCCUUCUGCGCCAACCCUAAGUUCCGCUUCCUCUCCCUCGGGCCCCUCCCCAACGGCAACGACAAGAGGUUGAGGGCGGACGGGAACGCCGGCCUCGAGGCCAUCACCCGGGGCGCUGCCGUCGGGGACGAUAGGGGGGAUGACGUGAGGAGAGUGAUCGACAGGGAGUCGGCCAAGGCUCUGGUCGCGGCGGCGAAGAUCGCUUGCACCACGAUGAGCAAGGCCGCGGCCAAUGAGAGGUUCAAGGCAGAGGUGAAGGUCAAGGAGGCGGCGCUGGCUAGGAAGAGGGCGAGGGAGGCAUUGGAGAGGGUAGCCUUCUUGACGCUGAGGGAGAAGGAGAGGGAUUUGAAGGCGGGGGUUGUCAAUGGGGUUGGGUUUGCACCGGAGCAGAAGGUUAAGGCCAGGGUCAUCGGUAAUGUGGCCGAGAACGACAAGAUGAAUCAAGGUGUUGAUGGGAUUUUGGGUUCGUCGCCGAAGAAUGGUGUUUCGGUUGCUGGGGGUGUACAGGGUGAGAGGUUGCAUUCGGUUUCGCCGGCUGCCGGGCUCAAUAACGUUCAACAGAAUAAUUUUGGUUAGGGAGGCUGGUUUCUUGAUUCAUGGGAAGUGCUCUGCACGGUGGUGGAGUCCAAUUGAAAGCUGUUUUGCUCCUCUGGUGAUGUGAAAUCUGCGAGUAGUUUUAGAAGUUAGAAAUGGUGGUUUCCUUGUGCUAUGCAUGCCUCUGAGAUUUAUGUAGAAAAGGUAUCUGAAUUAGGUUCAGGUUAAUGUUAAACGGCUUUUCAUGUAUGAACUUAGGAGAUGUUCAAAUUGAUCCUGGUCCCAUUUGUUUAUGGAAGCUGAGUACUUUGUCCAGACAUCCCAACAUUGCUUGUCCUUGCCUUAUUUUUACUCUUGUCAAUUUUCUUUC